ACUCUAUUAUUGUUCUUACGCCAACUGGUAUUGCUGCAUCAAAUAUAGACGGAUAUACUAUCUACUCUGCUUGUGAAUUUGGAAUUGAAGGAACUUGCAAUAAUAAUAACCUGACAGGUGACACUUUGAACAAAUUACAAGACUUUUGGAAUAAAAUACAAUGUGUCAUUAUAGAUAAAGUCUCUAUGAUUAGACAAUAUCUACUCGCUCGUUUUCAUAUAUUUUUAAAAGUUGUUAAAUCUUCUGACAUAUCAGCUCCUUUUGCUAGACUAAAUAUUCUUUUUUCUGAUGAUUUCAUGCAAUUACUACUGGUUCUUGAUCCCGCAUUAUAUAUGCCAAGUAAAGUUUCUAAUAUUAAUUUAUCUGAAGAAUUUAAAGCUGCUAAUGAUAUAGAGCUAAAUUCAAAUUUUAAAAAAUGUAAACAUGCUUUAUAUAAGCCUUUAAUUAAUAAUCGUUCAGUAAUGAAUGCUAUAGGAAGAAAUUUAUGGCUUAAUCAUCAACGAGAAGCAUUACGGUCAAGAAUAAUCAAUGAUAAUAGAAUAAAAAAUAAUGAGUGGAAGAAUGCUACCUUUCUGGUCACAAGAAAUGAUUUACUAUCUGAUACAAAAGAAAAUGCACUCGCUGGAAUUUUACCUCUUACCGUUAGAAUGACAGUCAUUUUAACUGUCAAUAUUUGCAUUUGCGAUGGCUUAGCAAAUAGUUCUAAAGGAAUAAUCAAACAAAUAAAUAUUAAUAAAGAUUCUAUUGAAUCGUUCUCAUUAGAAGAAAAGUUGAUUAUACUUAAAAGACCUUCUACAUAUGUCGUUAUAGAACCAAUCGAUCUAUAA